UUAUCGACAACUGAUCGCGGGCUGGACCAGUCGCCGUCCCCCCCGUGCGCCGAGCAGAGCCCUCCCCCGCCACCCUCAGCGAGCACCCCGUCAGCGUCAGCACCAACACCGCCGCCGCCGCCACCGCCAACCGGCACCAUGGUGCACAGGACCCCCAUCGAGUGGCAAGGGUGGUUCCCGGCCAGGUACGUGUUCGUCGUGAUGGGCGGGCUGGCCAUCUUCAACGCGUACGCCAUGCGGUCGGCCAUGAGCGUGGCCAUCACGGAGAUGGCCAAGGCCAAGAGCUCGGUGCCCAGCAGCGAGGUGCCGGAGAGCGAGCGCUGCGUCUCGGCGGACGCCGCGGCCGCCGGCGCCAACUCCACGCACACGGGGAACCCGCCGGAGUUCGACUGGGACGAGGAGGUGCAGGGCCAGGUGCUGAGCGCCAUGUUCUGGGGCUACGUCGCCAUGAACGUGCCCAGCGGGCUGAUGGCGGACCGCUUCGGCGGCAAGCGCGUCCUCUUCGUCGGCAUCCUGACGUGCUCGCUGUCCUGCCUGCUCAUCCCCUUGGCGGCGCGAAAGGGCGGCCCGGUCGCCGUCGUCGUGGCCAGGAUCUUCGAGGGCCUGGGCGAGAGCGGCACCUAUCCGGGCGCCAACAACAUGCUGGCCUACUGGGGGCCAGCGCAGGAGCGCUCCCUCAUGGGCUCCAUCAUCUUCGCUGGUAACCUGCUGGGCCAGGUCGUGGGCACGGCGGCCUCCGGGGUCAUCAUCAAGGCGACGGGCGACUGGGCCUCGGCCUUCUACGUGUUCGGCGGCCUCGGCCUCGCCUGGUGCGCCCUGUUCUGGGUGCUGUGCUUCGACACGCCGGCCGACCACCCGCGCAUCUCGGAGGCCGAGCGCCACUACAUCGAGACCGCCAUCAAGGCCACGGCCACCCGCCGCCCGACCAGCAUCCCCUGGCUGGCCAUCCUGUGCAGCCUGCCCGUGUGGGCGCUGAUCGUCGGCCAGCUCGGCCACGACUGGGCGCUCUUCACCAUCGGCACCGAGCUGCCCAAGUACAUGAAGAGCGUGCUCGGCUACAACGUGGCCACGAACGGUCUCAUCUCUGCCACCCCCAACCUGGCCACCUGGAUAUGCGCCUUCGCUAGCGGCUGGAUCUCGGACUGGCUCAUCCGCACGGAGAAGAUCAGCAUCCCCGUCCACCGCCGCACCUUCACCACCUUCUCCUGCUUCAUGCCUGGGGUGGGCCUGCUGGCCGCCACGUACGCCGGCUGCGAGCGGGUGCUGGUCGUGGUGCUCUUCUGCGUCGGCAUGGCCUUCAUGGGCCCGUUCUACAGCUCGCUCAAGGUGAACGCCCUGGACAUCAGCCCCAACUACUCGGGCCUCGUCAUGUCCAUCGUCAACGGCCUGGGCGCCGUGUCCGGCAUCGUCUCGCCCAGCAUCGUCGGCCUCCUCAUCCCGGACAGUACGCUGACCCAGUGGAGGAACGUGUUCUGGGUGACGUUCGGCGUGUGCCUCGCCUCGUCCGUGUUCUACUGCAUCUUCUGCUCGGCCGAGGUGCAGCCCUGGAACAACAUGGGCGAGGGCGGCGAGUACCUCGCGGAGGUGCACAGCACGGCCGCGAGCACGCCCGACAAGGAGAAGAAGCAGGCGGCCGCGGCCGCGUCGGCCGAGACCGUCGUCGUCGUCAAGGUCUGAGGGGAGCGCCGCCGGGUGUCUGCUGGAAGGGUUCAGAUCUGGCAAGGGAAGAAGCAGCAGAAGGCGUGGUCCUCUACCGACAGCCGCCGGCCGAGACUGCGCAUUCUCAGUACAAAUACCAGCCUCUUUCUCGAGCCCGCCGCGCGCUGCGCUCGAACAAGUGGCGCGAGCGGUAGGACGACAGGCGGGGCGGCACCGCUGGGGUGGACGCGACCGACCACAGACCACAGGCCCGACCAAUCCGCUCUCUAAGUCUGACGGUCGGGUCUAAAACACUCGUCCCGCGUCAAACGCGUUGUUAGUCGACGUGUGUGUGUGUGUGUGUGUGUGUGUGUGUGUGUGUGUGUGCGUGUGUGGGUGUGUGUGUGCUAAUUGAAGAGACCCACCAUUUCCAAAAUAAAAUAAAAAUAAAAAUGAAAAUUAGCAGGCGGUUUCCCGCCCAGCAGCUCCCGCUAAUCCGUCGACACGAAUACUUUGUAGUCUGACCGGGACAGGAACUGAUUGGUUAAUGAAAACAGAACAGUGUGAGUGUUAGUUAACUGGUUCGUGUUUAGUGUGUGCGUGUGUGUGUGUGUGUAUGUGAUAGAGAGAAAAAAGGGUGCGCGUGUGUGAGAUACAUUUUCUUUGUACUAUAUUUUUUUUGUAUAUAUCUUAUAUAACAAAACGGACAUAUGAUCAUCGCCAGUGCGGAGCAAAAAGUAAAACGACGGUGCACGAAAAAAAACGCCAUGUCCACUUUGGCGUUGAUGUGAUAUUUUGGCCCGCUAAAGCGAUUAGCACUGCAGGUCCAAAGUGUCCCCCCCCAUGUACUAUACAAGUAUAUACAAGUGCUUUGUUUGUGAGCGUCGACUCCGCGAGCCUACACUGUGAUAAUAUGUAGUUAAACAGCGAUUUCAAAUGUAUGAAUCAAUAAAUAAAACGGAAACAACAAA